UCCGCGUUCCUCGUCGGCCGUCUCCACUUUUCCACACACACACACAAAGCCACACACACACUUUUCCGCCGAAAGCGAAAUGCUUUUCUAGUUGUUCUUCUUGUGGUUCUUGUUUGGCUCUUUGGCUCUUUGGCUGUUUGGCUGUUUGGCUGUUUGGCUGCUUGGCUUUUCCCACUAUAUAUUUUUGCGGCAUCGCGCAAUCGGAAUCGGAGGAGACUCUUGCUAUCACAGUCGUCGUUCUUCAGUCGUUCAGUCGAGUGCGUGGUCGUGAGCGAAUCGGUCGAGCAACUCCCUCGCCAAAAAAACAACACGAGACAAGAUGAUAAGGGAAUCGAGUUGAAAUAAGAUAUAAUAAAUAUAUUGCCAGUCAGUCAGUAUACAGCCCAGUCAGUUAGUCGAGCAGGGAAGCACAAACCAACAAACAAAUAAACAAACAAACAAGCGAGCGAACAAACAAACAAACAAACAGAUAAACCAACAAACAGGAAGACGAAGAACGUGCGGAUUUAAUAUUGAGUGCGAAACGAUUUGAGUGUGGCAGAAUAUAUAGUAUAUCGCCAUGACUGAGUGGUGCGUUGAGUUCCUCGAGCAAUCAGCGGUCAGUAAUGGAAUAAAACACUUGCCCCAAGUGCAACCGAUUUGCGAUUCCGAUUGCCUGCGAUUCGAUUCAUCAGUUUUCGAAAACUAAUCACCUGCCUCAGUGCGAUUUUGAGGCGAAACUUUUCUCACAAAACAAAAAAGAAGAAAAACCGGAAACCAAACGAAGCAAAAUAAAUUGCAACUCAAAUGGAGCUACAGAUAAAUAGGCAGCUAUGCUAAUAUUAUGACUGACUGUCAGAAAUGUAUCGCUGCAUAAAUACAUUUCGCAACUGUUGUGAAUAGGAAAGAGGAAUCUACAAUCAGAACAUAUUGGAGCGAAACUAAUUGCAAGACGAACCGAAAAUGGGAAAUCAAUCAAAAGCCGAGGAAAGCUAACGAAAAGCAUUUGAUUAGAAGAAAGUCAAUGCCGCCAAAAAGUUGGUCGACUGCGUACGAAGAAGUACUCCUGGCAGUAUCCAAAAUUCAAUUACCGACUGCCUAGGGCUUUCUAUAUACACACACAUAACAUAUAUAUAUAUAUAUAAGAAUAUAUAUAUAUAUGUAGAUAUCCACAACACCAUUUUGCCGGACCACAAACAUAAUGCGAAACGAUGGAAGUCAACUUAAUGGAUGGAAUGGCUGAAAUAAACUAAUUACCGCCUGCGGUUAUAUAUCUGAUUAUCGGAUACGGAUCUGGAUUUGGAUUCGGACUGGGAUUCGGAUUGGGGUUCUGGGCUCUCAGUUCCGGAAUCGGAAGGUUAAGCAGGAUAUGACGAAGAAGCAAUCACACAGUCGGUCGGACAAUCCACUCUGCCCAAAUCGGGACACAAAGAUGAGCUUCCCACAGCCGCACAAUUUGCCGGAUGCGCCUGCGAAUGGCGGCAAGAUGCUGGUCUACGGACUGGGACUUCUAAUUAUGAUACCAGCUUGUACGGCUGGCCCCCAUGAGAAGCGAUUGCUGCACGCCCUUUUGGACAACUACAACAGUUUAGAACGUCCGGUGGUCAACGAAUCCGAUCCAUUACAACUGAGCUUCGGACUAACACUCAUGCAGAUUAUCGAUGUGGAUGAAAAGAACCAACUGCUUAUAACAAAUAUUUGGCUCAAAUUGGAGUGGAAUGACAUGAAUCUUCGUUGGAAUUCCAGCGAGUUUGGAGGUGUACGCGAUCUGCGGAUUCCACCACAUCGCUUAUGGAAACCGGAUGUUUUAAUGUACAACAGUGCGGACGAGGGCUUUGAUGGAACGUAUGCCACAAAUGUUGUGGUGCGGAACAAUGGGAGCUGCCUGUAUGUGCCACCGGGAAUAUUCAAGUCUACGUGUAAGAUCGACAUUACGUGGUUUCCAUUCGACGAUCAAAGAUGCGAGAUGAAGUUUGGUUCGUGGACCUACGAUGGUUUUCAGUUGGACCUGCAAUUACAGGACGAAGCAGGAGGGGAUAUUUCUAGUUUUAUAACGAAUGGCGAAUGGGACUUGUUAGGUGUGCCCGGUAAACGAAAUGAAAUCUACUAUAAUUGCUGCCCAGAACCUUAUAUUGACAUAACAUUCGCCAUUCUGAUCAGACGCAAGACACUGUACUAUUUUUUCAAUCUGAUCGUGCCGUGCGUACUGAUCGCCUCGAUGGCACUGCUAGGGUUUACACUGCCACCAGAUUCUGGUGAGAAGCUUUCGCUUGGAGUAACAAUUCUAUUAUCGCUUACAGUCUUCCUGAACAUGGUGGCCGAAACCAUGCCGGCCACAUCCGAUGCGGUGCCGCUGCUUGGAACUUAUUUCAAUUGCAUUAUGUUUAUGGUGGCCUCAUCAGUUGUGUCAACCAUACUUAUCCUCAAUUAUCAUCAUAGAAAUCCAGAUACGCAUGAAAUGAGUGAAUGGAUAAGAGUAAUAUUCCUUUAUUGGUUACCUUGCAUAUUGCGCAUGCAAAGACCCGGACAGGUUGGCUACGAAUGUCCGCCGCCGCCCUCCUCCUCGAGUUCCUCAAACUCCGGCGAGAAGAAGCAGCAGAUACAGAACGUUGAGCUCAAGGAGAGAUCCUCCAAGUCUCUGCUGGCCAAUGUCCUCGACAUAGACGAUGAUUUCCGCUGCAAUCAUCGGUGUGCCAGCGCCACCUUGCCGCACCAGCCGACCUACUACAGGACCAUGUACAGACAAGGCGACGACGGCAGCGUGGGACCUGUAGGACCAGCUGGCCCCGUUGUAGAUGGCCGAUUGCACGAGGCCAUUUCCCACACCUGUCUCACUUCCUCGGCGGAAUACGAGUUGGCGCUGAUACUCAAGGAGCUGCGCUGGAUAACCGAACAGCUCAAAAAAGAAGACGAGACAAGCGACAUCACACGAGAUUGGAAAUUUGCUGCCAUGGUCGUCGAUCGUUUGUGCCUUAUUAUUUUCACCUUGUUUACUAUUAUCGCGACCCUUGCUGUGUUAUUUUCAGCGCCUCAUUUCAUUUUUCCGUAAGCGGAAGUGCGGCUCGAGGAAAAAUGAAAAUCGAAGCGGAAAAUGACAUGCCACUGGAUACGAAGAAGAUGAUGAAGAAGAAGAAGAAAUAGAUGUAGAAGAAGAAGACGCUGGUGCUUUUCUGUGAAGUGAAUAAAGCCAAUCAAAAUAUUAGGAACAACAGAAAUCAAUUGAACCCGAGAACCUAAGCUUUUCAAACUGAAAUACGUUGACAGUCAAAGAGUUUUGCUAUUUAAAAUUUUUAUAUUUUUAACGAUGUGUCUGAUGGUUAUAAAAACAAAAAGCAACAUAUUAUAAUGAAUUGAGUAACGUAUAUAGAGUAACGUAUGUACGUAUGUGAAUGCAUUUUGUAUAAAACCAAUGAGAAUUCAAGUCGGGCUAAAACAAUAACUGUCUGGGCUCAAAUGUACGUUGCCGUGUACAUUCAAUUCGCCCAUGAGAUACAGAUACAAAGCAGAGGUUUCUAAAUCGCGGAGCGCUCGUAGAUGCAAUCCACCUCCCUCUAAAGAAAAAAACAACAAAAACACAAAGUUUGAGGAGCGCCAAAAAUACACUCAACAAAACCAAACCCAAAACCGACUUAAGAACGCAAUAAAGAACACGACAUUUAAGGAUAUACAUAUAUGUAUACAGCUUCACACUAUUAUUAAAUAAAACUAGUACUUAAAUAGUCUGUAUGUCACGUUCAACAGGUUUUAAAUUACUGCCCAACUGUUUCAGUUUCACACUUUACCGUAUAAUUUUCUAUUUAGUAUUUCUAUUCAUUUUCGAUCCCAUGCUAUUCGAUUUUGAUAAAUGAAUAAGUGUAUACAAAUGUGUUGCUAUGAUAUAAAAAGGAUUAGCAAAUACGUAAUCCAGUCACGAGAAAAUCAAAGUGAGCGAAAGCUAGAGAGUUGAUAGUGAAAAUUGUUCGCGAUAAGAAACUACGCUUCAACGCAAAAAAUGUCAUUUAUCUGAAAUGAUCGCACAAUAAACUCAUAAUGAAAGCCGUCAAAAUUGAACACACACACUAACACAAUAAAUACACACACAAACACACACACACACGCAUCACAGUUGUGAGAGAAAAUACUAUUGAAAACAAAAAACAAUACUUGCUAAAUUUAUCGAAUUGCACUCUGCAAAUAACCCAAAAAAAAUACGCAAUUUCGUAUAGAGAAACACUGAUUGCAUUUUAAAAAACAAAAAAACGAUACGCAGUGCCGAAAUCAUGGAGCACAGUACACAGAGAAUUGAAAAAUAUUUGCUAGCCAUUAGAAAAUAAAAUAGAGGACAACUUAAUCAAGGCUUUCCUACUGGUUCGUCAGAGCCUGAAUUUUAUAAUAUUUAUUUGCACAGUAUGAAGUCGAAACUGGAAAGUCGAAACUGGAAAGUCGAAACGCGAAAGUCGUUAGUCGAAAGGAUUUGAAGAACGUUAGAUAAUAAUAAUGGUAGUGUAGUUUCUUGCAGUCUUAUCAACUCAACAACAAUUUCUAAAAAUUGGCCUACGUAAUAUAUGGCGAAUAUUUCUUGUACUCUGCAGAUAUUUUUUGUGGGGGAACAAUUUCCGACAAUUGGUUAAAUAGCAAAAUUUCUGCUGGCAAAGAUGUUUUUCAAUCUGAGUACUGGACUUAAAGGCAAACGAACAUAACUUAUCUUAAACAGAAAAGCUAACAUAAAUUAAAAGGAAAAACAUAAACUAAAUUGUAUGAUAAUGUUAAACACAAGUAUAAAGUUAACUAUUUUUAAAUGAAAAAAAAAAUGAGUGUCAACAGCAACGAAUGCCGAAUAUAAAGAGCGUUAAAAAAAGAUAUUCCGAAAGAGUAUAGUUUUCAGACAGAAAGAAUUGCAGAUAUUCAUAAAUACAAAGAAAAAUAUAUCACUACAGUCAAACUUCCAUAACUCAACCUUACCUAACUCGAAGUCUCUAUAAGUAAAACUAGUUGUAUUGGCAAACCAAUAAAUAUAAAUACACGACAAACCAAUUCAAUAAAUCGAAGCCUCCAUAACUCGAAUUUUUUUUUUUGGCGGCAGAUGAUGGCUUGCGUUAUUGAAGUUCGACUGUAUCUUUAAAUUCCCAAAACAAAAAAGUGCAAGUUAGAAUACAAGUUAGACUUAACACAUUUUUAAACUAAAAUUAAAGCAACAGCAAAAAGUUAACAGAAAAUUAAUGAGAACAGUAAAAAUCUAGAUUAAACAAGUAUGUAAGACCGAAACUGGAAACAAUAAAAUGUUUACAUUUUAGCUAGUGCACAUUGGGCCGAUUUGAAACAUUUGGUUUUGAACCAGGUAAACAUAAAAUAAGAGCAUUUUCGUAUUACAAAUGUUCAACACGCUAACAAAAACUAAUUUACAAUAUACAAUUUGAAAACGCUUCACAAACGUCUUUAUUAUUUUCUGAAACCGAAUUUUUGUAGCGUAUUGAGUUUAGUCCUGUUUUUUUUUUUUACGCAUAUUUAAUUGUAUAUCUCGGCCGACCCUGUGAUUAUUAUUAAAAGUGCUUUGAUCAGCA